UCAUGACGGAAUGAUGUGAAACAAAAUCAAGAUGGCGGGCGAGGUCCGCUCUACAGUCCGCUUUCGAAUCUCAGAAAAACUGUUCACGGACGUCUUGGCCAGAUUAUUUAUAAGUGUCACAUUAGUUGUAUUUAUUACUCAUCUGAACUCUGUACGUUGUGAGUCUCUCUGUAAAUGUGACCAGGGAGAGUGUGUAAAUGGAUCCUGUAUAUGCUACACUGGUUGGUCAGGAAAUUUUUGCGAUACUUGUGGAGGAAGAAUCACAGUGAAAGAUCCAGAGGGCUUUAUCUUUGAGGGCAGGGGCAACUAUCAGAAAGACAUGACUUGCAGCUGGUUGGUGGACACUGGUGUUGCACAUGGUAAUGUGUCUGUCAGAUUUGUUUUCUACGAAUUUGAAACAGAGUGUGGCUGGGAUCAUCUCUACAUCCAUGAUGGUGACUCUGCUUUUGCUCCAAUGUUGGCUGCCUAUAGUGGUUUGCUUCUGAGCAAAGAAGAAGGAAACACUUCAAGUUUUGAAAUUAACAUCCGCUUUAGUGGGCAGUUUGGUUACUUGCAUUUCUAUAGUGAUGCUGCCUACACAAUGCAAGGCUUCAAUAUUUCAUACAGCAUUGGUGGAUGCUACUUAAAUUGUUCAGAAAGUGGAACAUGCUUUAAUGGUGAAUGUGCAUGCGACGCAGGAAGGUCUGGCAUGGGUUGUGAGAUUGACAUGACAUUUUGCUUGAAUAAUUGUUCCUACAGUGGUGUGUGUCUUAAUGGAAUCUGCAACUGUGAUCCAGGUCUUAGAGGCGAAGACUGCAGUUCAUUAGAGAGUGAUGUGUUAUGGCAGCCAUUAUCUUCAGUUGACCCACACCUAGCCAGAGCAUCUCAUGUGGCUCUGCAGGAGGGGGACAUAUUGUGGAUAGUAGGGGGCUACAGCUUGAACAGCAGUGCAGCUAUUCAGUUACUGAAAUACAGUUUCAAGAAUGAUAGUUGGAGUACUGUACCAGAGGGCACCAAAACACCAUGGCCUCUCUAUGCACAUUCAGCAGUUAAAUAUCAGAAUAGGUUGUAUGUUUAUGGAGGUGUCAGAGAUGGUUUGGUGAAAGACGAGUUGUGGGUCUAUGAUAUUGCUGGGGGCAGCUGGAAUCAGACAUCUGUAUCUGGAUUCCCAGUGUCAGGUCAUACUGCGCAUGUUUAUAAUGACACGAUGCUGGUGUUUUUUGGCUACAGCCCAUUGUUUGGAUAUGUCAACAGAGUUCAGCAGUACAAUUUUGUGACUGGGAUGUGGACAACCCUGGAAACGAAAGGAGCUGUUGUACAAGGGGGUUAUGGCCAUAGUAGUGUUUAUGAAAAUAACACAGGAAAAAUCUUUGUCUAUGGUGGUUAUCAUUCAGCCAUGACAUCUGGUUCAUCUAGCUACAACCUUACUGAUCGACUAUACAGCUAUGAUCCUACAGAACACUCUUGGCUUUUGUUACAUAGCAGUGGGCAUCCUCGGUAUCUGCAGUCCAUGGUGGCUGCAGAUGAUUUUCUGCUUGUGUAUGGGGGAAACACCCACAAUGACACAACAAAGAGUCGUGGUGCUAAAUGUUACUCCAGUGACUUCUUGCUUUAUGAUAUCAAGUGCAACUCUUGGCACAACGUGACCUUGCCAUCUCUGGACAACAUGUCAAGGUUUGGACAUUCAAUGGUUGCCUACAAUGGAUUUUUUAUUUUAUUUGGCGGAUUUAGUGGUGUGAUGCUGAAUGAUCUUAUCAACAUCACUCGUGGUAACUGUAGCUCUUUUGAAAACAACAGUACAUGUUUGUCAGGAGUGCCUGGUUUGAGGUGUGUGUGGAAUAAUGGUACUUGUUACCCACGCAGCAGUACAGACUUGGCAGAGGCUGUUUGCGAUGCUGAAAAACGUGACUUUAGUCCAUGCCCUGGUUACAAUACCUGCAGCUCCUGUGUAAAUGGUGGGACUCAGGCUGCAUGUACUUGGUGUGGAGAUAAAUGCACAGCUUUGAACUGCACAGCUAAUGAGAAGGUUGAAACACUGGACAAUUGCUCCAGCUUGUACAGUGCAGGAUGCAGUUUGUACCAUACUUGUCAAGCAUGCCAGAAUGAUUCUCGUUGUGCAUGGGAAGAAAACAUUUGCAAGGCAAGGAGUAUAGAAGCAGGGGUCAACGUCACCACCAACAAAACAUCUGUUGUAACCUGCAGCAAGCAGCCAUGUGCCGCCUUCAACACAUGCAGCAUUUGUGCCCAGAAUAGCUGUAUGUGGUGUAGCAACCUGGCAGUCUGCAUUGACACUAAUGCUUAUGUUGUGUCUUUUCCCUAUGGACAGUGCAUGGAUUGGACCACAAAAACUUCCAGAUGCAAUGCUACACAGUGCUCAGGGUUAAAGUCUUGCAAAGAGUGCCAGGCUAAUCCUAUGUGUGGCUGGUGUAAUAACUCAACAAACACAGGCCUGGGUAUGUGCAUGCAAGGAGGCCAGUUGGGCCCUGUUCAGCUUUCUCCUUCUGGAUCAAGUUCUGGCUUCAGAUACACGACAGCACCACAGCUGUGCCCAGCUCCUCAGUGGUUUUUUACUGAAUGUCCACUGUGCCAAUGUAACGGACAUUCAUCCUGUCCUGCCAACAGCAGUGUUUGUGAAUCCUGCCAGUUUCCGACCACUGGACAGUAUUGUGAAUCCUGUCAGAAUUUCUAUUAUGGCAAUCCUAUGAAUGGCGGCAACUGCUCAGAGUGUCAGUGUAAUGGCCAGGCUGACUCAUGUAAUCCAGAAGAUGGCGAAUGCUACUGUCGCACAAGGGGUGUCACUGGACGUUAUUGCGAUAAAUGUGAUGACAUGCACAAGUACUUUGGUGAUCCAAGGAAUGGAGGAACAUGCUACUAUCGACUGUCAACAGACUAUCAGUACACCUUCAAUCUAUCCAAAAGAGAAGAUCUUAAUUAUACACAGAUCAAUUUCAUCAGCAUUCCAAGCUCUGGUGACCGUGAUGUGGACUUUACAUUGAACUGUUCUGGUCCUGCUUUGCUGAAUAUCACAUACAAGUCAAAGGCAGAGCCAGGGGAGAAGAUGAUCACUGAGAGCCAAGAGUGUGGUUAUUUUCGCACUAAAUUUGAUCACAAGAACCAUGCUUUUGGUGGAGAGAUGAAUACAACAUUUUUCGUCUAUGUCUACAGCUUCAGAACACCUUUUUGGCUUCAGAUUUCCUUCUCACAGUUCCCCAAAAUAGAUCUUGUUCACUUUUUUGUUACCUUUUUUAGCUGUUUCCUGUCUCUCUUAUUGAUAGCUGCCCUGUUGUGGAAGAUCAAACACAAGUAUGACAGUUACAGGCGGCGACAGCAAAUGAUGGUAGAAAUGCAGCAAAUGGCAAGCCGUCCCUUUGCAACAGUCUGUGUGGAGGUCGAUCGCAAGACUGAAUCUGCAUCAGGUGGAGGGAUACCAGAGAGGAAGGAGUUGCGCGACCAUGUGGACUCUGCUCUUCGUCGAAGAAAAAAGCUGACCAGUAAGCCAUCAGCAGUUGCAAUUGAGCCACUCUCAGGCAGCAAAGCAGCAGUUCUAACUCUUCUUAUACAGCUUCCAUUUGGGGAUGGGGAGUUUGCACCUAGUGGUCAGUCAGGCAUGGCUGUUGGAAGUGCUUUGAUUGCUAUUGGGACCAACAGAAAACAAAGUCUGGAGCAUAUCAAAGGGGACAAGCCAAAAAUGCGGAAACACAUAUACCACACCCACCCAGACACAUAUGCGUAAUGACAGGCUGUGAUCAAAGAAGUGCUUUGUCAGUCUCUUCUUUUUGUCUGUUUGUUUUUUGGUUUUUGCAGUUAUUUGAAAAUUUUACUUUGCUUUACAUUUCUUGUUCUUACCUAUUUUUAUGCCAGAUGAUUCUGGAAAGUCAUAGCAUGACAAAAUUUGCAUGAGUUUUUGAGUCAUGCAUUUAAUUGGGCAGUCUUGCAAUAUUAGUAAAUGAAUCCCGAAAGGGGGCAAUUGUGUAUUGCCACCUGCUUAUUUUGGCCAAGAAACAAUUAUUUUGCCAAGCAGCACAUUUCUUCUUAUAAAAAACAAAACACACCUUGAUCAUAGUCCUGUACAUACUGUCACUUGAAUUUCUUGGUUUCAGUUUACAAGCCUGCAAAAUGUUGAUUGAUGGCUAAUAUGCUGCUAGCCUGCUCUAGAAAUAUUCCAUUUUGAUUUGUAUUCUUUUAUUUUGUAACUAGAAAUGUUUCACUGCAUUAAUGUUUUGUAACCCUAAAUCCUAACCUUAUUUCGUUCUCAAAAGUGCAUACAAAAUUUUGUUCUUUUGUACUUGUUAUUGGUUUUUGAGAACUGAAACUUUUCAAAUAGAUCUUGAAUAAUUAAAAAAACAGUUGUGCACAAAAUGUCAGACAACUAGGCAGCUCAAAAAAAAUAUUGUUGACAGAUUAUAUUGACAGUUUUUGUAAUGAUCACAUGUGAAACUAAAUGUUACUGCCAUGUCAAAUUAUAUAUACAUAUAUGUGUGCAUUCAAAAUGAGAAUGAAGGCAAGAGAGUUAACAGAACCUGAAAUAAGGUGGCUGCUUGUAGAUAAUAUUUUGAAGAGUGCAGCAACUAAUUCUGCAUGAAUUUAUGCUGGACUUAAUCAUGUAACACUGAUGUACAUUAUUAUUUUUGGUACAUGUAAUAAGAGUGAGAAAUGUUUCACGUUAUGUUUACCACAAACCAGUGAACAUCAAUCAUCUUGAUGCAUUGCAAAGGAAAGAGAAAUGAUCGUAAGAAAUCAGUGCAGGGAUAACUGUGAAAGCUUCAUUUUCUAAUUAUCACAUCUGUGUUGUCAUUAGAUGGAAAAGUUACUGCAUAAGGUUAAGGAUUUGGUCACAGCAGCUGAACUUAUUCCCUGUAAUAGGGUCUUAUCCUCUGAGCUAUCAGUAUGUGAUAUAGUUGGUAGUUGUACACACUAUUCAGAUGUCUUUCUAUGUAAAUGCAAAUCCAUAAAUUAUUACUUAUACUUAUUUUAAAAAACAGCUUUUAAAAUAUUGAAUUUUCACAUGUGCAGGAAUGUUUUAAUUGUUCACUUGUAAUAAAUUAAUGUGGAAGACAGUGAAUAGACAGACUGGAGAUGUGGGUAGGGCUAGGGAAAAAAAGACCAUAACACUGUCUUCUAAUGCUGCCAUUAAAAAAAAAAAAAACAAUUAUUAAAUAUUGUUUGAAAUACAGCUAUCACAGUUUAAUUGUAUUUACUUGCAUGUUGUCUUCUGCUGGGCUUAUUGUGUAAAUCUGUAAUGAAAUUGGUAACCCAUGCAGAACCAUGCAUGGCGCAACACCUUGUGGAAUUCAUAGUUGGUUUUCAAAACUAAAGCUUACUUUAUCAUGCUAGUAAUGGUCAAAAGAAGAAAAAUUGCUCAGUCAUCUGAAACCAGAUGCCUUUACCAACUGGAAUGUAGUGUGGUAACACCUAAGUAUUGUCCUCAGUAUGUUGUUGAAGGCUUAGCAUGGAUGUGUGCUCAAUGUAGCCAGUGAAACAUUUGGCUGUUGCAUCUGGAUAGGCAUUAAGAUACUGCCUCUGAACUAGUGAUCAUCAUACUAUCAAAGGUGUGUGUGUGUGUGUGCAUGUGCAUGCAUUUGUUUGUGCUUCUAUACGUAUGUAAUUGUUCACAUGAAGUUGUGCACACUGUUAUUGAUGGAAAAAUAUCUCAAAUUUUCUGUUCCUUGUGUUAGUUUAUACGUUUAAGAAUUGUUCAGGAUCUCAUAAACCUUAUAAAUGGUGAUCAUAUCAUGCUUACUGUUUCCACACAGAAUUUUUACCACAUCAUUGUCACGAAUGUUUAAGAUAAGAUGUGUUUCUCUUGUAUUGUGAAAUUUUUUUUAUUGUUUUCCGGCUGUAUUUCUUACUUUAGGUCUCUGGAAUCUCAGACUUUAUUUUGUUCCUGUUUUAGGGUCACAGACCAUCUCCCUAUUUUUCAGUAAGCUAACUUAAAAAGAAAUUAUAGGUAUAAUGAAAUAUAUAUUUUUUCCAGAAGAGAUAUUUUUUGAUGACUAGAUGUAAAAAUGGAUAGUUAUACAGGUGAGACAAUGUUCAUAUAAUUUCAUGUUAGAAGCAAGCGGAACAAAGUUGUAGAAAUAUAAAAAUUACAUAAUAAUCUCUGCUUAAUCAUAAAUACAGGGCACCUUGUUGUAAAUUGUGGGAGAAGAGGUGUGUAUUUUCAUUUUUAGUAAUUGUGAGCUGAAACCUGGUGAUCUUUUAAACUGUGAGAAUAGUGAGAUUUUUCUUUUUCAAUGUCUUAUUGUGAUCUUGUACAUAAUGUGAGUCAUUUUAAAGUGACAUGGAGAAUGGAGCUAUGUGUAGGCAUGGUUGUCUGAGAGAGAGAGGGAGUGUGACUGAGCAUUUAGAUGGUUGGUAAAUGUAUACAGCACAUUUGUUUUGUCUCUCUGCCGAGUUUUGUGUAGUGAAGAUUUCUCAUUGUGCAGCUGUAUACAUAAAGACGGUGCUGGUUUUGUUGGGGUGCAGCUACAUGUAGGUUUGUGAUGAUUGAGAUAGGCACAUUUGAUUUGUGAUAGAUGCAGUCUAGUCCACACUGCCUGGAAAACACCAGAUUGUAUCUUUAUUUUGUUCGUUAUGUCAUGAAAACGUUAGUUACUUGGUUUGUUUAAUAUCCUUUUGCAAGUUGAGUGCAUCACAUUUUCUUUCCUUGCCUUUGACACGGUGGGCCCACUAUUAGCUGUGCCUGUUGGUGUAUAUGUGGGUUAGGUGUGUAUGAUGCAUAUAUGUAUAUGUGUGCUUACAAGCAUGCAUGUAUGAGUGUGCUUGCAUCUGUGUGUGUGAGGGUGAGAGAGAAAGAGAGAUUUUGAAGGGAGGGGUGGAGGGAGCACAUGAUCCAUCUAGCAAGUGAAAAAAUCUAGAAAAAAGCUAUUUGAGGGGGAGAAAAAACAUAUCACAAUAUUUUGUACAAAUAAAAUAAUUAAAAAUUUUCUUUAAAAUGUGUGUUUGAAUCAUUGCUAGUUAGUGGAAUAUGCAUUAUUUCAAUAAACUUCUUCAGUAAACAA